GCCCGCCUCAGCCCCGGAGGCGGCACCAGGAAGCUCCCGCCCCGGCCGGAGCCGCCAUGUAACCGGCGCCGCCCGGAGCUGAGCCUCGCGGGCCCCAGCGACCCCCCGGCCAUGGGGGACGAGGACGAGGACGAGGGCUGUGCGGUGGAGCUGCAGAUCACCGAAGCCAACCUGACCGGGCACGAGGAGAAGGUGGGCGUGGAGAACUUCCAGCUGCUCAAGGUGCUGGGCACGGGAGCCUACGGGAAGGUGUUCCUGGUGCGGAAGGCGGGCGGGCACGACGCGGGGAAGCUGUAUGCCAUGAAGGUGCUGCGCAAGGCGGCGCUGGUGCAGCGAGCCAAGACGCAGGAGCACACGCGCACCGAGCGCUCCGUGCUGGAGCUGGUGCGCCAGGCACCCUUCCUGGUCACGCUGCACUACGCCUUCCAGACGGAUGCCAAGCUGCACCUCAUCCUGGACUAUGUGAACGGCGGCGAAAUGUUCACCCACCUCUACCAGCGCCAGUACUUCAAGGAGGCUGAGGUGCGCGUGUAUGGGGGUGAGAUCGUGUUGGCCCUGGAACACCUGCACAAGCUGGGCAUCAUCUACCGAGAUCUGAAGCUGGAGAACGUGCUCCUGGACUCCGAGGGCCAUGUCGUCCUCACGGACUUCGGGCUUAGCAAGGAGUUCCUGACAGAGGAGAAAGAGCGGACCUUCUCCUUCUGUGGCACCAUCGAGUACAUGGCCCCUGAGAUUAUCCGCAGCAAGUCGGGCCACGGCAAGGCUGUGGACUGGUGGAGCCUAGGCAUCCUGCUCUUCGAGCUGCUGACAGGGGCUUCGCCCUUCACCCUGGAGGGCGAGAGGAACACGCAGGCAGAGGUGUCUCGACGGAUCCUGAAGUGCUCCCCUCCCUUCCCCCCCCGGAUUGGGCCAGUGGCACAGGAUCUACUGCAGCGGCUACUUUGCAAGGACCCCAAGAAGCGGCUGGGUGCAGGACACCAGGGGGCACAGGAAGUUAAGAACCACCCCUUCUUCCAGGGUCUGGAUUGGGCUGCUCUGGCUGCCAGGAAGAUUCCAGCCCCAUUCCGACCCCAGAUCCGCUCAGAGCUGGAUGUGGGCAACUUUGCAGAGGAAUUUACCCGGCUGGAGCCUGUCUACUCACCCCCUGGAAGCCCCCCACCUGGGGAUUCUCGCAUCUUCCAGGGAUACUCCUUCGUGGCACCGUCCAUCCUGUUUGACCACAACAACGCGGUGAUGACCGAUGUGCUGGAAGCAUCUAUUGCUGGAGACCGGCCUGGCCGGGCAGCGUUGGCCAGGAGCGCCAUGAUGCAGGACUCGCCCUUCUUCCAGCAGUACGAACUGGACCUGCGGGAACCCGCGUUGGGCCAGGGUAGCUUCUCCGUGUGUCGCCGCUGCCGCCAGCUACAGAACGGCCAAGAGUUCGCGGUCAAAAUCCUCAGCCGCAGGCUAGAGGCGAACACGCAGCGCGAAGUGGCCGCCCUGCGGCUGUGCCAGUCGCACCCCAACGUGGUGAAGCUGCACGAAGUACAUCAGGACCAGCUGCACACGUACCUGGUCCUGGAGCUACUGCAGGGUGGGGAGCUGCUAGAGCACAUCCGCAAGAAGCGGCACUUCAGCGAGUCCGAGGCGAGCCAGAUCCUGCGCAGCCUCGUGUCGGCCGUGAGCUUCAUGCACGAGGAGGCGGGGGUGGUGCACCGCGACCUCAAGCCCGAGAACAUCCUGUACGCCGAUGAUACGCCCGGAGCCCCGGUGAAGAUCAUCGACUUCGGGUUUGCGCGUCUGCGCCCGCAGAGCCCAGCGGGGCCCAUGCAGACACCCUGCUUUACGCUGCAGUACGCGGCCCCCGAGCUGCUGGCGCAGCAGGGCUACGACGAGUCCUGCGACCUCUGGAGCCUCGGCGUCAUUCUGUACAUGAUGCUGUCAGGCCAGGUCCCCUUUCAGGGGGCCUCAGGCCAGGGCGGGCAGAGCCAGGCGGCGGAGAUAAUGUGCAAGAUCCGCGAGGGGCGCUUCUCCCUUGACGGGGAGGCCUGGCAAGGCGUGUCUGAGGAAGCCAAGGAGCUGGUCCGAGGGCUCCUGACUGUGGACCCCACCAAGCGGCUGAAGCUCGAGGGACUGCGGGGCAGCUCGUGGCUGCAGGACGGCAGCGCGCGCUCCUCGCCUCCGCUACGGACGCCGGACGUGCUGGAGUCCUCGGGGCCAGCUGUGCGCUCCGGGCUCAACGCCACCUUUCUGGCGUUCAAUCGGGGCAAACGCGAGGGUUUCUUCUUGAAGAGCGUGGAAAACGCGCCGCUGGCCAAGCGGCGGAAACAGAAGCUGCGGAGCGCCGCCACAUCCCGCCGCGUCUCCCCCGUGCCCGCCGUCCCGGGCCGGGCACCCGCCGCCAAGGGAGCCCCUCGACGAGCCAACGGCCCCCUGCCCCCCUCCUAGCCCCCGUCACUGUGACCCCCUCCCCGGUCGGGGCUGUGUUCUAGGAGGCCGGCUCACUGCCCGCAGGCCCCCUGCAUCGCUCCGCCCCAUCCCCAGGGAUUGUUACCCUUCUCUCCCGUCCCCCCCAACCCCCAGACAGAGCAGAAGUAUUUUUAUAAGCAGAGAAUUUUUUUUAAUGUCUUACCAGAUAGAGUUAGUGAUGCAGGGAGGGAGGGGGCCUGCUGGGGAGUGGAGUGGGGGGGCCCUCUGCCUAGAUGCUGCCUCGUCUGGUGGAAGGCACUUCUCCCCCAGGGGGCUGUCCCGGCAGGGAAGGGCUCCUCCUCCAUUUCUAAGCACUGAGUUGCCACAGGGAGAAACUGGGACCUCUCCCCUGCCCUCCCCUGAGGUCCUGCUCUUGGGAGGGGGCACCCCUCAAGCUGUCACUUUAUGGACUGUUUGUGCAAUUACGUCCACCAAAGACCUGUGUCGGGGGUGCUCAGUGAGAGGCCCUGGGGGACCCCCUGAAGCAUUUCUGCCUCACUUCAUGUCACCUGCUUCCCCCUAUUGAUGCUAAGGAAGGAGGUAGGCGACCCCCUAAAAGGGGAGGCCCCCUUCUCACCCAUCCCCUCCCCUUUGGCACAGCUGCCCCUAGCUGGGGGUGGCAACUUGGGGGUCUGGGGUGGGCAUCCACAGUCACUGCCUCAGCCCAUCCAGGCUGUGCCUUUGACUUUAAAAUAAAAGUCUACCCAGUGC